AUGGCGGGGACGUUGGGCUUCAGAGAGGGAGAGACGGUGGUGGACGAGAGCCUCGGCUACCCAAGAGCGUACCCCAAGCUCUGCAGGAGCACCAACACCUACAGCCGUGGCCCCCCGCACGUCUUCCAACCUUACGCCUUGCAGCCUCAGGAGGUCCGGCUCAUCCCGAUCCACCGCUUUCUGUGUGUUUCGUUGCUUGUAUCGUCUUUAUUUUACCAGAUCCGUUCGAGAUUCGUAAUCCGCGGUUUCGAUCGGAUGUUGAUCCUCUCCUUCUCUCCGCUGAGAAUUCUCGAUCGUGUCUGCAGAUUGCGAGUAUGAAGGAGUUUAACCGAAUGUUCCCAGUUGUCGAUCCAGAGAGGAAUUCUACUGCAGAUCCGGAAACCUACAUCAAUCUCCUGUGGAAGCAACUGAGCCAUCUGGGGUGGGCACUCCGAUUUCCCCCUUCAAUUGUUCAUCGGCUUUCUAUUCUAGAUCGGAGUUUACAUUGUGCUGAAAUAUUGAAUAAUGUUUGCGGUUUUUAGGAAUGCCGGCUUCGAUCCGGCUCUAUUCAGGGUGGAUCCCUAUGGAAAUGUCCUCUAUCUGCAUGCUGAUCCUUCUUCUCCGCUCUCCUGGGGCGUCGAUCACUGGUUUCCCUGCAAAAGUAACUAGCCUUUCGCCGAGAUCAUCAUUUCCCCGGUUGCAGGCUCGUCAGAUCGAUUUAAUCUCUCAUCUCUGCUUCAGGGGGAGGCAGAACAGUUCUGAGCAAUCUGAGACUAGUGCAAUGGCAGGUGUGCAAGAAGAAGAAGAACAAACUAGAAUUUCUCGUUCCAUGGUGGGAUCUGCAGCUCGGCGUUUCCGUGAAUCAGUUUCUAUCCAUUUUCGCUUCGAGCAAUUCAGAUUUCCGGUACACUAAAGAACCCUAUUUGCUUUCGAACGUCGUCGGAGUAGAGAAGAUUAAAAUUCCUCACAUUCUGGCGUGUGAUCUUACAAAAACUGGUUCAUUCAUGCUGCAGGAACAGAGCAUUCUCGUUUCUGUUCAAGGGAGGUGAAGACGAAGUGUUUAAAGAGUUGAAUAUCACAGAAUCUCCCUUUACGCAGCAGUUCCUCGAGAAGAAACGCCUGAUUGGCCUCGCUCCAGCUGCUAUAACUGGGUCUCAGAAAUAUUCCGAUCGAUCUGUGCUGAAAUCCGUCAAUCACAGAAGCAGCAGGCUCCCGUGGCCGAGUUCUCCAUCGCUAGGUGAGCUGUAGAUCUUCAUCACCUUGAUUCAUUUAGGGAAGCUUCCUCCUACGCGUCAUCGUUCUUAUCUGGUUUGAUUCGACAAUUUUCUGCUGAAUCUUUCAGAUGAUGGCGAAGGUUUCUGCAAGGGGAUUCACCGGUCCAGGGCCCGCAUAUCCAAGGAAAACGAGGAUCCCAACAUCUACAGCAACGAGUACCUCUCGAUUGCGAUGGCUAGAGAUUCUCUGAGGGAGAUGGAGGAAGCUAAGAGAAAGCAGGCGGCCAUACGAGGAUUGGACGAAGAGAUGAAAGAUUUGAGUGGGAGGAACGAGGAGGAGAGGGUCACCCUUCAGGAUCUGGAGGUCUCACUCAUCAGAAAGCGGAGACGAGUUGAGAAAUGCCGGCGGCUGGCCGAAGCUCAGGCUUCCUACCGAUCCCAGCUCGAGAGGAUGAUCCGAGACGCCAUGCACCAGUAAGACUGAAGAUCUCCCACAGGAUGAUGGCCCAGUUUUUGUUUCUGAAUUUUGUCUGAUUUUUUGAUCGUCAAUCGAACGCAGGUGCGUGGUGUACAAGGAGCAGGCCAGACUGAACCAGGCAGCUUGCAGUGCACUGGCGGCAAGAUUAGAGGCGCAGAAGGCCAUGUGUGACACCUCCGAGAAAGAACUACUGAAGAGAUUCAAAGUGAGGGAGGAGCUUGAGAGGCAGAUCGUGCCCGACUGCGACGAGCAGCAGCAGACCAGGAAGAGGCCUUUGGAAGAAGAAGAAGAAGAAGAAGGAGAAGAAGAAGAAAACAAUCACUUGCUCGAAAGAGCGGACGACGGGCGUGGUGACGUGUCGAUUGGACUGACCCAUUCGAGCAGGAGGAAGAUGAGAAGAGCCCUGAGGAAGGAGCUCAGGGUGUUCCUCGAGGAAGAGCAGAAGGCCUCUGAGGCUGGGAUCUCUAUCGACGAAGAUAUCUACAUGGAGAGGUGCUCCGCUCAUGGCGACGAGCCAGAGGAAGAAGAAGAAGAACAAAGGAUGAGCCAGAUUGGAAAAAGGAACGUGGAGAAAUGGCUUCAGAUGCUCCUCGAGAAGUCGGAGAACCAGGGCUCGCCAACUCCUCCUCCUCCACCGGAGAAUCGCACAGAUGAGAUCGUCAUCCAUCACAGGCUGAACUCUGGAGAGUCCCUGCAGAAGCUAAGGCUCACGCCGAAGCGCGACAAGGGGGAAGAGAGCGCGGGGGAUGUAGAGAGAAGCAGGAGCUUGGUGGGGAACAAGAGAGUCGAGCGGAGGGUGAUGAUUGCGAGGCCGGACAGCCCCAGAAGCUCGAGGGUCUCCUUCCCUUCGUCCCCACUGAACCUGAGGAGGACCAUGGACUGCAUCCGCAAGAGGUCGUCGGUAGCCGGAGACGACGACGACACGAACUGCCCUAACAAGCUCAUCACACAGUACUCUAACAGGGCAGCAGCAGUCAGGAGGGCCUGA